UGCCAACGACUUUUCAUGAUCUUGUGGCUUAAAGGGGUUAAAUUCAAUGUGACUACUGUUGACAUGACCAGAAAGCCUGAAGAGCUGAAGGACUUAGCCCCAGGUACCAAUCCUCCCUUCCUGGUAUAUAACAGAGAGUUGAAAACAGACUUCAUUAAAAUAGAAGAGUUUCUAGAGCAGACACUGGCUCCCCCAAGGUAUCCUUACCUGAGUCCCAAGAACAUGGAUUCCUUUAUUGUGGGCUGUAACCUCUUUGCCAAGUUUUCUGCAUACAUUAAGAAUUCGAAAAAAGAGACAAAUAAGAAUUUUGAAAAGUCUCUUCUCAGAGAAUUUAAACGUCUGGAUGAUUAUUUAAACACUCCACUAUUGGAUGAAAUUGAUCCAUACAGCCCUGAGGAGCUCACAGUUUCCAGAAGAUUGUUUUUGGAUGGUGAUCAGCUGACACUGGCUGACUGCAGCUUGUUACCCAAACUUAACAUUAUUAAAGUUGCUGCCAAGAAAUAUCGUAACUUUGAUAUUCCAGCAGAGUUCUCAGGAGUCUGGCGCUAUCUCCACAAUGCCUAUGCCCGUGAAGAAUUUACUCACACUUGUCCUGAAGACAAAGAAAUUGAAUAUACCUAUGCAAGUGUGGCUAAACAGAAGACUUAGAACAGUUUUUUCAAGCAAAGGGAGAAAGCCCUCUUUCUUAACAUAUGAUAUUUACUAACCAGGCAGAAAAUGUAUUGGAUACUAGAAUAUGGAAGCACUGUUUCUUUUAGCCAUAUCUCUUAUGGAAAACAAUGCUAUAUUUGCUGUAUCUACACUCUUUCCACUAUGUAUUUAAAAUGAUUUCAUAUUUUCACUUUAUUUUUCUUUAUUUUCAUGGAAUAACCAUUGCAAUCUUAAAUGACAUGGAAAACAUCAGCAUCUUUGG